CUUCGGUUUUUGAAUACAUAUUUUUACUUUUUCAAAGUAUGAUUGUUGUACCGUCAUAGAUCUGCGGCUUUUCAAACUACUGACGGUGUUUUCAUUAUGAAGGGCUGUAUACAGUGUUUAAGAGUCAUACUAGUAGUUUUCAACUUCCUGGUUGUGCUUAUUGGGUUGGCAGUUUUGGGCUUUUCUGUUUACAUCUACCUGGAACCAGAGGCGCAGGACAUCAUACUUGCGUCGGGACAGCAACAUGCGGUACAAAUCAUGUUAUAUGCUCUUAUGGGUAUCGGUGGAAUUACUUUAGUAAUAGCGCUGUUUGGCUGUUGUGGUGCUUACCAUGAAUCGCAGUGUCUUUUGGGAACAUAUUUCACUAUUCUUAUAGUGAUUUUUGCAACUCAAGUAACAGGAGCCACAUUGGGUUAUUUAUACAGAGAGGAGAUUAUGAAAUAUGUCGAUGAUCGUAUGAGAGAAGGUAUUGAAGAGUAUUCAAUGCUACGUGAUCAACGUGAAAAUCCCGUACCGUUUAUGGAUUCAAUCCAACGUAUGUUGCGCUGUUGUGGUGUCAAUGGUUACGAAGAUUACCGUGAAAGUAUACCCAUAGCAUGUUGUGAUCAUCAUGUAAGCACAUGUCUAAAUGCAUUACUGUCACCCGAAGAAGUUUAUAAAGAAGGUUGCAAAGAUAAAUAUAAAGUAAUGUUGAAAGAUAAAUUGGUCAUUAUAUUCCUUGCAACUGUUUCUAUUGCAGCUUUUGAAAUAUUUUGUCUUCUCUUUUCAAUGGUUAUGUGUUGCACAAUUCGACAAUACCAUUCAGAUUAUUAUGGAGUCAAUUAUUCAAUUGCUACUUGAUCAACGGAGUACUGGUUUUUUUCUUCUAAUUAGUGUUAUUUUUUAUCUAAUAUAACACCAGGUACUUUUCGAUUAUUUUCAUGUUUUGUUGUUUUCCAAUCCAACCUUUUUGCUUUCGUUGCUUGUUAUUCUUACUGUCAUUUUUUAAAAAAAUUGUUUUUUUGGUGAUUCAAUACCAACUUUUCAUUUUUCUUUAUUCCUUUAUUUCAAUCGUGGAAAAUUGAAGUUCGUAUUUAUGCGAUCCAUUAUCCUGGUAAUACUUUGUGUUAAUCUAUCUAGAAAAACCACAAAGAAACAUCGAACUUCUUUCUGGUCUAUGCGGAUGAAUGUAAUUCUGAUGGUACUAUUUUGUCAUUUUCUAUUUUAUGGAAUUAGUAUAAAUUAAACGUUAUAUCAUUGUCAUUUAUAAUGCUCAUUUCAGCUAUCCUCUCCGCUUACAUAAUAACUAUCAUUAAAUUUUGUUUUGAGAACAAAAUAAUAUUUCAAUAAAUUUCCCAUUUUGUAUUCAUCAUAGUAAUAUUUAUUAAAAUUGUUUUUAUUGGAGUCGUUUUCUUAAUUCACAUAAAUUUCAUUGAUUUUCAUGUAAAACAUAAACGUAUUGUUUGACAUUAGCCCCAAUUCCUUCCUUCCUUCCUUCAUAAAUCAUCAUACUUAUAAAAAUUCUUUUAAAUCAUGUGGUAAAUUUAUAAUUGUGUAAUUUUUUUUUGUAGACUGUUGAUCACCAUAUUAGUUGACCGAGUGAAUAAAUUAGUAAUUCUUCUUUAUUAAUUCUUUUUCUUGUUUCAAUUUUUGAUUUGGCCUAAUAUUAUUACUAUUAUGAUUCAUUCAUUUGUAUCUGAUUCUCUUUCAAAUUUCUUUUGCCAUGUUUGCAUAUUGAUUUUUGUUUUCUACAUCUUGUUAACAGAAAUUGUCUUCACAUACUUCUUUGUGUUAGUUACACUUAGCUUAUACCAAUACGUACACACAAACACGCUUGUACAGUGUUCAGAAAAGAAGACGACAAAAAAAGAGAAAAAACUGUUAAGCGAGAUAUAUGCGUUCUAUCGAACAUUUGUUCUUUCUGUUGUUGUUAAUGUUUCUGUUGUAUUUUGCUGUUCUUAUUCUAGUCAUCGUUGCUCUUUUCAAGCGUAUUCAACGUUUUUAAAAAAAAAGUAAUAUUGUACACAUUUUCAUGCAAGUGGUAAAUAGCAAAACAAAAGAUAAAGUAUUAACCUACUUCAUGUCACUAUAUAUCUAAAUGUAUUGGGGACAAAUAGAGCUAGUUUGUUCUUGAAACUUAUUGAAAUAUUGAUUAAUGUAAGUGAAUAGGUUACAAAGAAUGCCUUGAGGUUUAUUAGACUAAGUCAUUAAACGAUUAGACUAUGAAUAUCAAUCAACUAUGGAAACUUUAUAAUUAGUGCGUGUGUAUGUGUUAUUUAGGUGAAUCAAGGUUACAGUUAGUCAUAUAGUUACAAAACUUGAAAUAAACCUAUAAACAAACACACCAAAAGUAUAACUUAUAAAUAUAAUAAUUUAUGCUGCUAACAUUUGUACCGAAUAUAGUAAGUCCUUUGCUAUGCUGUUGUCCAACUUCUUGUUAUUGGUACCAAAAGCAUGAUUCUUGUUGUGAUUAUCUUCUGCUUUACUAAUUUCAAAAAUGAUUUUUACGUUACUAUCUUUAAUUUAGUUCACAACUUCCAAGUGAAUAAGCUAACUGCAUUAAACUUUUGUUUCUCGUUGCCCUGUUGUUUUUCACCCAUUCUGUUAUGAAAAACAAACAAACUAGGUAAUCAAAUAUUGAUAAGAUAUCAUAGCUCAAAGUUUUUUGACUUCUGUCUUAUGUUUUUGUUAUUCAUCAUUUAUGCAUUCAGUACACAGUACAUAUGUUGGUGCUGUGUUUAAAU